UUUAACAAACUUUCCAAAAAAUUAAGGUAACAAAUUAAUUAAGGGCUCAUCCUUCCAGCCUUUCUAUAGCAGCCAUAGGUCCAGUACACAUCGUUGAUAUCGGCUGAUCGCAAAUCAAAUAGUAUAUGAACUGAUUUUGCAGUCAGUGGGGUUGCACUUUAAAGCUCUUCUUGAUUGCGUUUUCAUGGUGGCAUUGAAGUUACCUGAAUUGGGUCUUGUUUCUUUCUUCCUCUUAGUUCACACACAUAGUAGAAGAUAAAUCUUAGAGAAGAUGUUCUCAGAGUGCAAAAUUUCCAAUUGCUUCUUCAAUUCUGUGGGCAAUUGCAUCUAAUAAUUUGCCCUAAUCGUGAAUUCGAGGAACCAGACUGAUGGCGAUGCUGUUAUGCUGGAUAUUGAUGGAACUCCUAAUCAAUCAAAACUUGGGGCUAGUGCCAUUCUUGGAGUCUCUCUCAGUGUGUGUAGAGUUGGUGCUUGAGAAAAACUAGUACCUUUGUAUAAACACAUUCAAGAAAUAUCUGUAAUUAAAGAACUUAUAAUGCCAGUUCUAGCUUUCAAUGUGAUAAAUGAAGGGAGCCAUACUCAUAACAAUUUGGCUAUGCAAGAGUUCAUGAUUCUACCUGUUGGAGCAUCAACAUUUGCUAAGGCACUUCGUAUGGGUAGUGAAGUCUACCACACUCUAAAGGGAAUUAUCAAAACUAAGUACGGGCAAGUUGCAUGCAAUGUUUGUGAUGAGGGUGGAUUUGCUCCAAAUGUCCAGGAUAACAAGGAAGGGCUAGCAUUGCUUAUGGAUGCAAUUGAGAAGGAUGGUUACACUGGCAAGGUGCAGACUAAAAUUGCCAUGGAUGUAGCAACAUUUGAGGUCUUGCCAAAAGAUGCAAAAUAUGAUCUCAAUUUCAACAAUCAACCAAAUGAUGGAGCUCAUGUACUUAGUGCUCAGGGCCUCUGUGAACUCUACAAGGAGUAUGUCAAAUAUUUUCCUAUUGUAUUUAUUGAAGUUCCCUUUGACCAAGAUGAUUGGAGCUCUUGGGUAUCUCUACAAUCUUUAGUUAAUAUUCAGCUUGUUGGUGGUGAUUUUUUGGUGACUAAUCCAAGGAGAACUGCUGAAGUAAUUCCGAAAAAGGAAUGCAAUACAUUGUUGUUGAAGGUUAUUGCAGGUUUACAUGAAUUGUACUGUGACAAAAUCCAUUGAAGCGGCACUAGAAUCCAAAGCUGCGGACAGGGGUGUUAUGGUCAGUCACCGAAGUGGGGAAACAGAGGAUAAUUUUAUCGCAGAUCUAUCUGUUGGUUUGGCUAGUGGAUAGAUCAAGACGGGAGCACCCUGCCGAAAUGAGCGACUGGCAAAAUACAACCAGAUUGGAACACGCUGAGGGCGAAGAAUUGGUCCUAAGUGUUCUGACAGGUUAUUUGGCACUCUUGUAGCAUAUUGCUGAGGCUACCAAAUACAUCAACAUUACUGUCAAUUUUGGAAGCGUCAAGUCACUUAAAAACUUUCCUUGCUUCAUGUCCCAUGCAACUAGACCGGCUGAAGUACGAGAGGCUAGAGGUCUUACUGAGGAUCUGAUCAGAAUUUCAGUUGGGAUUGAAGAUGUCAAUGACUUGAUAGAUGAUUUAGACUAUGCAAUCAAGACUGGGCCUACCUAGAAGAUUAAGCAAAUUUGUGAAAACUGAUACGAAGCAUAACUGCACCUUCUAUUCUAGUGUUGAUGCAUAAUUUAAUCUCAAAUGUUUAUUUGAUAUUUGUAGCUUAAUUCAAAAUGUAAUUAUUUUAGAGUUAUCUGUUUUGAUUUUGGGAAAAAAUAAAGAUUUGAAAAGGUGCGUAA